AUGUCUAAGGAUCCUGAUUCAUCUUCGUCUAAAAAGGACGAAAAUGAAGAUUCCUUAACCUCAUACUUAAAUGUUAAGUCUCCACUCAUUGGAAAUUUGGAAUUUGAUGUUUCUGUCCUUCCACCUCCAGUCGACCCUAGAUUCAUCGACUACGAAAUAAAAGAUGAUGUUAUAAAAUAUGAAAUGACUGGACUCGAGUUAUCGGAUCGUCUUUCUUCAUUUUCUGAUUUCAACUCGGGCUUAUCGGACCCUUUAUUAUACGGCACUAGCUUCACCGGAUGCGGAAUUGAGAAUAAAGACUUAAUGACACAUUUGGAUUCUGUUUUUUUGACUAAACAUAAAACUAAAAUUGAAUCUAAAGGAAACUAUGGAGAUUUGGUCAGGAAUGAUCUUUUGGAGACUAUGAAAUUUUUUGAUAAAUUGAAGAUGUCCUCAGUACUUUCCAAAGCUAAGGAAUCACUACCAGGAUACCUAAGUAAUUUGGUUUCUACAAGUCAAGAAGAAGGAUUUUCUAAAAAACAGAUCAAGUUUUCAAAAAGUGAAGAAAUUUCUGUAAUUGCAAGGGAUCAAAAGCUUACAAUUUAUGAGUCAUGGAGUAACAUGAAUUUCGAAGACAAAAUUGAGGCCUAUGUCUCUGCUCUUCAGAAUACUUUUGUAUCUACAGAUAAACUAUCCCACCCAAGCAACAAAUUCGCAAAAGUACUCAAGGUAUACAGUGUGGUCCCUAAUAUGAAACUGUGGGACAACAAGUACAUUCAAGUUGGAAUAGACGGUGUAACUGUAUCCUCAGAUUCAUCUUCUAAGCUUCAUUCUGAUGGUGUUCUAAGACCCUCAAAGGAAACUCAGACACACCGAUACUUCGAAUACUAUAGAAAACACUCCGGGUAUUCACCUGAAGAUUCUUUUCCCAGUACUAAUUACACCAGUGGUUCAAAUGAUAUGGAUCCCAUUGAUAUAGAUGCUCCUGAUCACGUUAAAGUUGAAAAGGACGAUGUCGAUGACUUAUUUGAUGAAGAGUUAGAAGAUAAGCAUGCCGAAAUGUUGGAAUAUACAGCUGAUCAAAUAUCGGACGAACAGACUGAUCAGUUUAGAGGUGACAAAUACAAGUUUAUUCGUCAGUAUACCACACAGAAAUUUUCAAAGGUUUCUGGAGCAGAAAACUACUAUUUACUCACUCUCCCCAACUCCCUUAUGAAGAAGGCUCAUAUUCACAAUAAAUUAAAUUCCGAAAACAUGGAAGAAAGCCCUGAUUCAGUUGAACUUGUUCCAAUCAGAGGCCCAAAAUUAGUUUUUAGUAAAGCCGGGGUCACGAAAAGGCCAGAUAUUCACAUUUCAUACACAGAUUCUUGA